AAUGUACAAAUCGCCACUGGAGACUUUUGAUUUUAUCAAGUCUACUCUACACAAUGCCGCAACCUACGGAUCGCUCCGGUGAAAGCCGCCGCCGAAAAACAUGCUUUAGAAAGAUUCGUCAGCUCUGUGCUCUGUGUCGAAUGAGAGCAAUAGUGGUGUUGGUUGAUGAAUCCGAUAAACAUUGGAUAUUCAAAACGCAUGAUGAUAUUCCGGAUUUAGAACAGGCCAUACAGCAUCCCCAGACUCACACCUACGAUGAUUUUGAGCCUUUACCUCCUUCCAGCCGGCGGAUUCCAGCUACGCAGCCAUCUCAACGCCAGAUUACCAUGCUAGCACCGCCAAGCUUUCGUCGUGAUUAAGGUGGGGCUGCCGUGGGCGAGUCGCCCGAAAGACUACCUCGUGGGCCUUGGCGUAUUGUAUAAAGGACACUUAUUCCUCAUUAUUUUAUUCUAUAUAAUA